CAGUUUAGUACCUGCAAGUGGGAAGACGUUCGACGUAGAUCACUGGAUAGUUGGAAAGGGAGUUUAUAGUUCCAAAGCGUCUCUGUACUCCUCCGAGUGGUGGGUGAUACGUGAUCCUUUAGCCGUCAGGGUUAUGCGUCGACCGCGCCGACUCGUAGACAACACGAAUCCGCGUACCAGCGUUCCUAACCUGACGUUCGCGCGUCCUGCUGACACGAUUCGACACGACGGAGUAUCGGAUCCAAGUUAAAUAUUUUACUGAGUUACUAAACCCGACGACGACGUUCCUGAGAACAAAAGGAAAGCGUCGCGACGUGGUGUGAUUCUGUGUAUUCACUUCGUUAUUCCCAAAGGAAGAGAACGAGGAGAGAAAUCGACUAUGAGUAGCUGAGAGGACAGAUCUUCCACGAGAGAUGAACGGCUCUCGGCUGGGCCGUGGCCGUGGUGGCCGACUGGCCGUCUACGGCGGUGGCGGUGUAGUUCUGCUACUCCUGGUGUUCCUAUAUCGUGCUGCCACCUCGGAGAUGGCCAGACUUCGCGAAUUGAAUAUGCAGUGUAGCAAACAGCAGGAGGCCCUGGCUGCUCAGCUUCACGUCAUCUUCGAAUACAAAGUUCAGUUGGAGAAGAGUCUGGCUGACGAGAAAAGCUCUAAUCUAGCUAUCAAACAGGAACUUCAGCAUAGAGCUUCCAGGGAGAAAACAUUGAGGGACAAGGACAGCAUGGAAGCCCUUCAACGCUUCAAUUCACUUCAGCAGACCUAUAAGAUGUUACAAACUGAAAAACAGGAUCUUCAGGAAGAGUGUAGUAAUAAGCGGAAGCAGGCUCUGGAGGAUAUUAACAAGUUGGAAAGUACGGUGAAGGAUCUGAAAGGUCAGCUUCUUAAUGCUCGUGAGGAUAAGGUGAAGUCUCUGGAGCACUUGAAGAAUAAACAUUUGGAAUUGGAGACUGAGAAGAGUCAGUUGGAAGAAAAGUAUAGCGAACUAAAGAAGAGCACUGCUAAUUCGGCCAGCGAGAUGGAGCAUCUCAAGAAGGAGGUAUUCCAGUUGAAACGUGAACUCGUAGAAGCUCAGAAAUCCUGUAAAUCCAGCGGCGUCUUGCCGAGCGCAGCGAGUAUAAAGUCGUCCCAGCAGAUGGAGCCACAUCAUCAGGAAUCACAUCACCUGGCUAAAUUGGAAGCACAAAAAAAUCAUGAACCACCUGCUGGUCGGCAAGAGGUAAGUCGUCCAAGCAACGGGGGUGAAAAUCCAUCGCCAAUUCAGGCGCCUCGCGACCAUCAGCCAAUCGCCGAGGGCGAUCAGAACGUGAUUGAGAGAAACGAGGAUCCGAAUGAACAAAUGAGCGACAGUAUAGCCAGCACUGUGGAAAAAUCUGCUAGUCCAGGGAAAUAUGACAACACAACAAGAGCCACCAGCAGUUCAGCAGUCAUUUCCGGUACCAAGUCUCUGCCAGCAAGAUCAAAUCGAUUACCGGAAGGCGUACCACCUAUACUCAGGAUAAACGAUCCCAAAUUGGAAAAUGAGGAUGGUCUCGAUGAAAAGAGAACAAGCAAGAUCAGUAGCAACAUCAAACAGCCAAACGAGGAUACUGAAGUGAAUCAGCAUUCAAAAGCAAAGCCAGCCGAGGCUGGUAGCAAAGACAAUAAUAAGAACGACAUAAAUUUGGAAUCAUUGCAAAGAAAUCCUGGGGAACCAAUUGUCGAACGACCAGAAAAUUGGGUAUGGCCAAAGGUGAGACACGGCGUCCAAGAAGUUGGAGACGAGCCAAAUCAUCUUGACAAGAUACCCGGAUUCGAACCUGACGGAAAUCCAGAAGCAGGUGAUGCCGCUGAUUAUCAGUACGACGGUGGUGACUAUGAGAAAGAUGUACAGCAGAAAAAUAAUGAUCUUGGGAUCGAGGAAGGUGAAGACGAAGCUGAGGAGGAAGACGAUCGGGCUGAUUACGACAAUGAUAAUAUGAAAGCUGGGAAGCAUAAAUGAGGAGAGUCUCCUUGACCAAGGACUUUUUGUUAUUGGCCGCUGAGAUGCCUGUCUAGACACUAACAGAUUACUGGUACUAAGAGUUCAUUGCUCGGGAUGGUCCCAGGACUUGAAGAUGCAUCAGGAUGAAACAAUCUGAUUGGAUCAUUGCUGGAAGCAGAAUGAAGCACUUUUGCAUAAUCGUUUUAAGUUUCACUUUCAUCGACUGGUUAAAUAGCUCUUUUCUAUUCAGAGACCAAUUUAAUGAUACGGAUUUAAUUACUGAGAGGUGCAAUAACGAUGGAAGGAUCGAAUAUAAUUUUUAAUUGUACUAGUCCUUCAUUUUUUUUAAUUGUUAAUGAUCAUUUUAUCAACAAACAGGCCUUCAGAUUAUUGCGCAAUCAUAUAUUCAGCAAUUCGAGAUAAUGUACCUAUUUGGUGCUGAUGACGAGCAGAUGAUUAGAGAUAGUUUAUAUCCUUUGAGAUAACACGAUGAAUAGACUGUAUUUUUCUAGAUAUAAAAUUCUCCCAAACCGUAUGGAUAGGUUCUUUAAUUUUGUUAAAGUCGUACAAAACUUAAAUGCACUUGUACCUUACGAUGUACUGUCGUAGGCUUUAUUUUUGAUUUGUUUCGUGAGAUCGUGAUUUUGAAAGCUCGGACUAAUUUUCGCAUAAGCAAUGUACUGGAAGUGAUUGCAACUCUUUUGCUUAGAUUUUUGUCACGUAGAUAAAUUAUUUAUCUAAGAAAAUGUGUUAUCGGCUCAAAUGGCAAAAAAAACGGCUACGCCCCCUCAAAUAUCCCAGCAUAUUGCCAGCAAAACAGCAUCGUGUGAAACGUGCUCUUAUUGUGCAGGCAGUACGUUGGAUUUUGACGUUUUCGAAUAUUAUGGUGGGCUCUGUUAACGAUUAAAGUUUAAUGCGUUAAGAGAAUUGGAAAAAAGAAAGCCAGACUUUGAUAUAAAUAUAGAUUACACUUACAUACGUGCAGAUAAUAAUUGCAAUUGUAUAUAACAUUCUUUUCGUACUAAAAUAAAGACAAAGACAAUGCUAUUA